AUGGCCGUUUUCACCGCACCAAAGCUAAGUCUCGGAGCGAAAGGUGAUGAUAGAAUCCGGACAUUACCAGACCUGAUUGAUUUCCACGGAAAGCACAACCCGCAACAUUUGUUCUGUUUUCAAGGAACGAAGGAGCUUGGCUUCGUACCAGUGAGCUAUAAGAGGCUGCAGCGUGCCAUCGUACGCUGUCAGGACGUGCUCAGAAGAGCAAAUCCCGGGCUUCACCCGCCAAAUUUGGAUGCAGAUGGUCGGGUGAAGAAAUGCAGUCCAGUUGCGUUAUUGAUGGAGAGCCAUGUCGGGCUGGCGAUAUAUGUACUCGCGUGUAUGGGGAUGGGUGUGCCAGUCAUGCUCCUGUCGGCGCGGCUGAGUUCGUCUGCUGUUUGUCAUCUUCUCCAAGAAACACAUGCAAGCUUCGUGGUGGCCUCUCCGCGAUUGCAGACUCUUGUUCCUCGAGAUACGAAGCAGUCUAGUGACACAGAUGGGGUUGAUUCUGGCAAAGAUGCCAUAGUAAGGGUCUGUGUCGCGUCUGAGUGGGAAUCGCUUCUGGUAGAGGAAAGCGCAGAGGAGGAAAAUCAACCUCUGUUUGCGGCGCAAGAGACACACUUCGUUAGCCGAAACGAUCGACAGGUCAUCAUUCUCCAUUCAUCGGGGACAUCGGGGCUGCCCAAACCAAUACCCUGCUCGCAUGAAUAUUUCUUGGGUUACGCGACGUGUCACAAUUUUGCCUCAGGUAGCCAGGCAGCACUCACUCUCUCAACUCUGCCGUUGUUUCACGGAUUUGGCUUCGUGGCGAUCUGUCUUUCCCUUGGCGUGGGAAAGACAGUAUGUAUCCCUCCACCAUCGAGGGUGCCAAACGGCAGACUAGUUAUUGAGCUCUUGCGAACAUCUGGUGCCAGUGCUUUAUUGACUGUGCCAUCUGUUUUGGAGGAACUCGAAAGUUUGUCUAACAAUGAAGGACUUGAAGCUCUGGCAAAACUGGAUUUUGUUGGUUUCGGCGGCGGCAUGCCCAAGGAGUUGGUUGGAAGCAGACUGGAGGCAGCUGGUGUGAGACUAGUUGCCCAAUACGGUGCCACUGAGACUGGUCCGAUGUCGCCUUUCUUCAUCCCAGAUAAUGGACACAACUGGAGACGAUUGAGAUUGCGACAUGAUAUACUCGAGCCCCUUGAAGUCAAACUUCAUCCUUACAAUACAGAACCGGACCUCCCCAAUACUCAGCUUUUCAGCUACAAGCUGAGCAUGAGGCCAUUUGGCUGGGACCAACGUUUUGAAUUACAGGACGUUAUCGUGGCCACCACGGAAUACUCACAGGGAAACGAUAUGUCAAAGCUAGAGUGGUGGGUUGCCGGCCGUACUGAUGACCUGAUCUGCCUAGCGACCGGUGAGAAGGUAAGGCCUACAAUCUUGGAGUCUCUUCUGAAGCAGCAUCACAAAGUGAGACAUGCAGUUGCUUUUGGGGACAACCAAUUUGAGCUGGGCGUCAUAAUCGAGCCCGCUGAGAUGAUGAGGAUUGAGGAAGUUGAAAAGCUCAAGACGGAAGUUUGGCCUGUAAUUGAAGAAGCUGGCAGACUGAUGGAUGCCCAUGCGAAAAUCACUUCCCCAGCGGCCAUGUUGAUUGUACCUCCCUGCAAUCUGCCGAGAUCAGACAAAGGGACCGUGCUGCGCAAAGCAGUGGCAACACAAUAUGCAGCAGAGAUCGCAGCUGUGUACCGUAACCUGGAGGUGAUCGCAGCGCCAUCGCUUGACCUCUCCUCGCCAGAUUCGAGUAUUUGCGCAAUCGUUGCAGGGAUCACAGGAUGGCAGGCAGAGAGUCAGGACGAUCUGUUUACCCUAGGGAUGGAUAGUCUCCAGGCGACGAAGCUCCGCAGACUGUUGAAGGGGUCAGUGCAGGCGACACAUUUGAAAUUCGGCUCCAGUGCAAAACACAUUAUCCCGUCCGCAGAUAUUUCUGAGGACUUCGUGUAUCGACACCCAUCUAUUAGCCGCAUAUCGGAUGCGCUUCACCCUAGCAACUCUGCGACUGAAAAGCCUGUUUGUGCGACUCACCUGUUCAAGCAAUUAGUGGACAAAUACACCGACAGACACAGCCAACCGGAGGGCUUCAACAUUGCUAUCUCCCGUCGGGUUGCCGAAUCAUACUUGGUUGCACGAGUCUCAAGACUAUUUCUACUUUUUGUCACCUGUUAUUACGGCUCAAUUAUAUCAAAGUACCUUUUACGCAUACCGAGUCACCGCCAACACAGAGGGGCAGUCGUGGUACUUACAGGCACAACGGGAAGCCUGGGAUCAUUUUUAUUGGCACAGCUCCUUCCUAAUAAUUCUAUCAGCCGGGUCAUUUGUCUCAACAGGCCUGGCAAGGACAGCGCCCUUCAAACCCAAAAAGCCGCCUUACACGCUCGGAAGAUCUCAGUUGUAGAUGAUCAUUGGUCUAAAGUCGACACACGUCAGACUGAUACAUCAGCUGAAUGGUUGGGACUUGGAAAAGAUGGUUAUUAUGAUCUUGUGUCGAAGGUGACGCACAUUGUGCACGUUGCGUGGCCAAUGAACUUCAAAAUGGGGAUCCAGUCCUACGAGGCUUCGUUCAAGACACUACAGAACAUGCUCAAUCUGGCACGCAUAUGCAGCUCUCAAUCAGACACCAAAAAGUGCAGGUUACUCUUCAUAUCUUCCAUCUCCACUGUUGGAAACCAUUCAAGCGCCUCUGGAGACAAACUGGUCCCAGAAGUCAUUCCAAAUGAUCCGAAUGCCACUCUUAAUUUGGGAUAUGCCAGAGCCAAACUCGUAUGUGAGAAGAUGGUUCAACAUGCUGCGAGUGAGUAUCCUGAGAUUGAGGCUGGAGUGGUACGCGUCGGGCAGAUUGCUGGAGCCAGUAAUGGCUAUUGGAAUGCGAAUGAACACUUUGUUGCAAUGUGUGCUUCUUCUCAGAAAGUGGGGAAGUUCCCUGAUCUACAUGGAACUUUGUCCUGGCUACCGGUAGAUUCUGCUGCACGGGCUGUCGGCGAAAUUCUCCUCCAAGACAAAAAACUCGAGUUGGUCUAUCAUCUUGAAAACCCAGUUCGGCAGAGUUGGAGACAUGUUGUCGCCCUUUUGUCUAGAGAAUUAGACAUACCAAGUUCUUCCGUCAUUCCUCUUGACCAGUGGUUGACCCAUAUCUCGUCUGUCUCUGGGCCCGAGAACCCCGCCGCGAGUCUCAUUGACUUUUUGAAAGAAGAUUUUCUUAAGAUGUCGUGCGGUUCUGUGGUUCUCGACACCAGCGCUUCGCGUAAUGCCAGUCAAACUCUCGCCUUUAUGGGCCCCGUGGAAGAUGACUCUAUUCAAGCAUAUGUCAGGUACUGGAAGAGCAUUAACCUCCUUCGGUAG